GGCGCGGAGCGGGCACUGCAGAGCCGGCAGCGCUCCGGGUGCAACGCCCGAGCCUCGCCGGAGAAAGGGGGGCACCCGGGCGGGGAGGGGGGACGAUGCUAGUUGGCUGGGGGGGAGGGUGGAGAGAGGGGAAAAAAAAAAGAGAAAGAUUAAAAAAGAGGCAAGGGCCCCCCCUCACCCUCCUCCCUCCUCUGCCCGGUCCCUUCCAGCCCCGGCACACACACACACACACCCCAUUGAUCAAUAUUUGGCUGUCUUGCUGCAACUUGCUGCAGUCUUUUAAAGGAGUAAUAGAGAGAGAGGGAGAGAGAAAGGGGAACUGACAGGAAGGGGUAAGGAGCUACACAUGUCACAUGUGCUUUCUAAGACGGCCAGGAGCAUCUGCAGGCUGGAUCUGGUGGAGGAUGCUGCGGCAGGUGAUACACAGAGGGCUCCAGUCGUUUUUCUACAAGCUGGGCUUAUUCGUGAGCAGGCAUCCGGUGUUUUUCCUCACUGUGCCCGCAGUCCUGACCAUCAUCUUCGGCUUCAGCCUGCUCAACCGCUUCCAGCCUGACACUGACCUGGAGAGCCUGGUAGCCCCCAGCCACAGCCUGGCCAAGAUCGAGAGGAGCUUAGCCAGCAGCCUUUUCUCCCUCGAUCAAUCCAAAAGCCAGCUCUAUUCGGACUUGCACACCCCGGGGAGGUAUGGCAGGGUGAUUCUCCUCUCCAAACCCGGAGGCAAUAUUUUGCAUCAGGCUGAUGUGAUCCUGCAGAUCCACCGAGCCGUGCUGGAAAUGAAGGAUGGAAGGAGCAGUUUUAUUGGCCACCAGCUCGGAGGGGUCUUGGAAGUGCCAAACAGCAAGGACCAGAGAGUCAAAUCAGCCAGAGCCAUCCAAAUCACUUACUACCUCCAAACGUAUGGCUCUGUCACCCAGGACCUCAUUGGGGAGAAGUGGGAGAGUGAAUUCUGUAAACUGAUGCACAAGAUGCAGCUAGAUCACCAAGAUCUGCAGCUCUACUCACUAGCGUCCUUCAGCCUCUGGAAGGACUUCCACCAGACCAGUCUUUUGGCCAGGGGCAAGAUUUUGGUGAGCCUGAUGCUGAUUCUCCUGACUGCUACCCUCUCGAGCUCCAUGAAGGACUGCCUGCGUAGCAAACCUUUCCUGGGACUCUUGGGAGUACUCACUAUCUGUAUUUCCAGUGUCACUGCGGCAGGGAUAUUUUUCAUUACUGAUGGAAAAUACAAUUCUACUCUGUUGGGAAUCCCUUUCUUCGCUAUGGGUCAUGGAACCAAAGGAGUGUUUGAACUUCUUUCAGGAUGGCGUCGAACCAGAGAGAAUCUGCCAUUCAAGGACAGAGUAGCAGAUGCCUACUCAGAUGUCAUGGUCUCCUACACAAUGACAAGCUCCUUGUAUUUUAUAACCUUCGGCAUGGGUGCAAGUCCUUUCACCAACAUUGAAGCUGUAAAAGUCUUUUGCCAAAACAUGUGCGUCUCUAUCCUGUUGAACUACUUCUAUGUCUUCUCCUUCUUUGGUUCCUGCCUGGUCUUUGCUGGCCAGUUGGAGCAGAACCGUUAUCACAGCAUCUUCUGCUGUAAAAUCCCUUCAGCAGAAUACCUGGACCGAAAACCUGUGUGGUUCCAGACCAUGAUGAACGAUGGCCAUCAGCAUACUUCUCAUCAUGAGACUGACCCGUACCAGCAUCACUUUAUCCAGCAUUUCCUCCGAGAGCAUUACAAUGAGUGGAUUACCAACAUAUAUGUCAAGCCAUUUGUGGUGAUACUGUAUCUCAUCUAUGCCUCUUUCUCCUUUAUGGGGUGCUUACAGAUUAAUGAUGGAGCCAACAUUAUCAACCUUCUUGCCAGUGAGUCUCCAAGCGUCUCCUAUGCCCUCAUACAGCAAAAGUAUUUCAGCAACUACAGCCCAGUGAUAGGUUUCUACAUUUACGAACCUCUUGAGUACUGGAAUGGCACUGUGCAAGAAGACCUAAAAACACUAAGCCAGGGCUUCAAUACAGUGUCCUGGAUUGAACAGUAUUACCAGUACCUUCGAGUGGGUAACAUCAGUGCAACCAACAAAAGUGACUUUAUCAGCAUCCUCCAGAGCUCCUUUUUAAAAAAGCCAGAAUUCCAGCACUUCAAAAAUGACAUAAUUUUCUCCAAAGCUGGAGAUGAGAACAACAUAAUUGCCUCUCGUUUGUACCUGGUGGCCAGGACUAGUGAAAACACACAGAGGGAGGCAGUAGAAUUGUUGGAGAAGCUGAGACCCCUCUCUCUUAUACAGAGCAUCAAGUUCAUUGUGUUCAAUCCUACUUUUGUUUUCAUGGACCAUUAUGGUUUAUCAGUAACUAUGCCUAUCCUGAUUUCUGGUUUUGGCAUCUUGCUGAUGUUAAUACUGACCUUUUUCCUGGUUAUUCAUCCUCUGGGAAAUUUCUGGUUAAUUCUCAGUGUCACCUCAAUAGAGCUGGGUGUCCUUGGCUUGAUGACCUUAUGGAAUGUAGACAUGGAUUGCAUUUCUAUACUGUGCCUUAUCUACACUUUGAAUUUUGCCAUAGAUCACUGUGCACCCCUGCUUUAUACAUUUGUACUAGCUACCGAGCACACCCGAACUCAGUGUAUAAAGAACUCCCUCCAAGAGCAUGGGACAGCCAUUUUGCAGAACGUUUCUUCUUUCCUUAUUGGGUUGGUCCCCCUUCUCUUUGUGCCUUCAAACUUGACCUUCACACUGUUCAAAUGCUUGCUGCUUGCCAGCAGUUGCACACUUCUGCACUGUUUUGUUAUUUUGCCCGUCUUUCUGACCUUUUUCCCACCUUCCAAAAAGCACCACAAGAAAAAGAAACGGGCCAAAAGGAAGGAACGAGAAGAGAUCGAAUGCAUAGAGAUUCAGGAGAAUCCUGAUCAUGUUACAGCAGUCUGAAAGGCUUAGUAAAAAUAGUAAUAUAUUCUCUUUUUAAAAAAGCAUUGCACAGAGAUGCAGGGAAAAUAGAGCGAAGAUCUCAGCUGCUUGUGCUGGCCAGGUCUGACAAGGCAAAGGAAGAUCAAGAAGGGGUAUUCAUGACAUAUCAAGGUGCAAACUUUUUUUGACAAAAAUAAUGAAAGUAAAAUUAAUCUCAAAUGUUUCCUUUGGAUACUCAUUCUUCACCAGGGAAGAGUCUGUUAGCCAUUAAGUGUUCCUGAAUCUCAAACUGUAGCUCUAAUGGAUACUGCUUGAUCUGUCAUACUGAAGCAAAGGUGGAAAAAAAAAAAAAAGAGUCACAAUUAAGUACAGAGUAGAGAAAAAGACAGAUUUGUUGGAUAA